AUGGGAUCUAAGGAGAUGCGAAAGCUGACAGUCGUGAGAUGUAUCACAUUUGCGGUUUCACGCAGUGUGAAAAUGUCCAUUUUCGUGAAGACCCGAACUCAUCAAGUAUGGUUCAUGCACAGUCUGCAUGCAGGCAUGCACAAGAUGCACAAGAAACUCGUACAGGUUGAAAUUCCGCCAAGCCACACCAACCCUGUUCCACCUUUUUUCCUCCCCUUCUUCCCGAGCGAGAUCCACCAGUCGAUCAUCACGGCUCCUGCUCGGGAAAAAGAAAUGAGGGAAAGGAGAGCCUGGGAGCAAAAGUCAGAUUUGACACCCCACGGCGAUAUAGGCGCCGGCUGGUGCCUGCUCGCAGCAGCACAGGGGGAAAAAUCACAACUUGGGUUACGUGACAUUAUCCCCGAGGAAGGAAGGAACCAUCGGCCACACCGCAUGGACUGGAAAAUCAGGAACGGAGCACCUAACGGGGCAGUGGAGCAGGUAUCACUACUAAGUGACUAG